AUGGCGAGAUACCUCGCAAGCCCCUCGGUUGGGCAGAUGCCCGAAAUCGACCGCCUGAUCCGGAGCGGGAAAUUCAUCCCCAACCACGUCCUCAUGCAGUACCGCCUGGACCCGUUCUCCUCCUUCUACCAGCUACACAACCGCAGGGUCAAGGGGGAGGACCGAGUGUCCAAGUGGCUGAACUACCAGGUGCUCUGGGAGCGUGCCGACAAGUACCCACACAGAGGCCUGGUCGUCCAGGGGUUGGAGUGUUCGUCUGCCGGAGACCUCCUUGACCAGCUGGACCAGAUUGGGGGUGCCUACUCCGGGCUGUCGGUCUAUGUCGAGUCCCCCCGAGACGUGGCGAUAAAGGGGUUCGAACAGCGCGCCAGGCCGGACGAGACCGUCGAGGUGUUCCAGAAGGCUCGCGAGGGGAAGGAUAUAGGGGGCGUGUACGUGGCACUCCAGGAGCGCGGCACAGUUGUCAAGAUGGUGAACGACGGUCUGGAUGUUGGUGAAGCAAUAAGACUGCUUGGCGCCGAGUUGGCCAAGGCCCCUCGCUGGCAAGACAUUCUAACUUAUUCGGCACAAACUCUGAACCCCGAAGUGUAA